CAUAAUCUGAAUCUUUCUUUCUUUGGAAAACAACAUAUAGACGACGACUCACGACAUGAAAUUGUUCUCCAAGUUUGCUCUCCCUUCGACUGCUGGAAAUGGCAAAUCCGGUCUCGGCUUUGGGUCCAUGGGCAUCACGUCUUUCUACGGUGAUCCCAUGCCCGAAGACAAGGCAAUGGAACUCCUCCAGACUAUUUACGACAAGGGAUGUCGUCACUUUGACACAGCGGAAGUCUACACAGCCGAAGAACUCACAAUGAACUGGUCCUUGGACGCUUCUUCAAAAAAAUUCCCCGAUGGCGCUUACGAUUAUGAGACCGUCAAGGCCUCUUUGACUGGCUCUCUGGAUCGUCUUCAGCUUGAGUACGUGGAUCUCUAUUAUGCGCAUCGAGUCAUGACCUUAGAAGGUGGUAUGGAUUUUGCGCGCACCGCCAAGCGUCUUAAAGAAGAAGGACUUAUCAAAGAGGUUGGUCUGAGCGAAGUGGGCGGCAAGUGGCUCAAACAAAUCAACAACAUCUAUCCCAUUGACGCUGUGCAACAGGAAUGGAGCUUGCUUACCCGUAACUUGGAGGAUGAACUGGUUCCGGUUUGUAAGGAACUUGAUAUUACCAUUGUUGCGUAUAGUCCUCUCGCCCGAAAUCUACUGGCGACCAAGCUCGAAGAGGCGCCCAAAGACUGGCGGGCUAAGCUUCCUCGUUACUCCAAGGAAAAUUUUGGAGCAAACCGCAAGAUUGUGGAAAAGUUGGAAGAGCUUGCCGCAAAGUACAACGGAACAACUGCUCAGCUUUCCCUAGCGUGGCUCUUCCACAAGGCCAACGAACUUGGUGUGGCUGUAGUUCCUAUUCCGGGAUCUACAAAGCUGAGCCACGCAAUUAGCAAUCUGGAUUCAACCAAGAUUGAAAUUUCUGACGAAGAUACAGCCACGUUGGAAGGAUUGGCUGCUCAAGUGGCGGGGGCACGGGGUGGCGAAGACUACACGGGAAUAGCAAUCGAAGCGCAAGACUAACCAGUCAAAGCUGCUUUCAAUGAAUAAAUGUAUGAAUAAUGGACUCUAAUCUUUAGGAAGCAAUGACCGGUUUC